AUGGCUGAUAACAGCUUUGACUCUUCAGAGGGCAAUGGCUUGUCCAUUGAUGAUCCUGAAAUUGCCUCUGUACUUACAGAGGAAAUGGACCAUCCAUGGAAUGAUGAAGCUUUAAGCUUUGGCUAUCGCAGAUCAGUACCUAUUGAUUUGCCUUGCCUGACUGAAGAGAACUUUGUUUUGAUGGUUGAGGAAGAAAAAUCCCAUUUGCCAAAAGAUGAUUAUCUCGUGAGAUUGAGGACAGGGGAGUUGGAUAUGAGUGUGAGAAGACUGGCCCUUGAUUGGAUUUUGAAGGCUCAUUCCCAUUAUGGUUUUGGAGAACUUACAAUUUAUCUGGCUAUGAAUUAUUUGGAUCGCUUCCUUUCCCUGUUUGAUUUGCCUGAAGGCACUACUUGGGCAGCGCAGUUGUUAGCUGUAGCUUGCUUCUCAAUAGGAGCAAAAAUGGCCGAAAUCAGACUCCCUCCAAUUGAGUAUUUACAGGUUGGAGACCCCAAAUAUGUUUUUGAAGCCAAUACUAUAGAAAGAAUGGAGCUUAUUGUGUUGACCACUCUGAACUGGAGGAUGCAUUCUUAUACUCCUUAUGCAUACAUAGACUAUUUUCUUAGGAAGAUAAAUGUUGGUGGUGGCGAUGGUAAUGAUCAAGAGCUUGCCUUUGAUGCUUUGAUUGGAAAAGCAGUCAAACUCAUCUUGAGCACCAUAAAAGGCAUUGACUUCUUGGAAUUCAAGCCUUCUGAGAUUGCUGCAGCAGUGGCAAUAUUUGUUGCAGAAGAAAACAUACAAGCAAUAGAUACUGAGAAGGCAAUGUCUGGUUUGAUCCUAAUAGAGAAGGAAAGAGUGCUCAAGUGCCAUAAACUGCUGAAAGAUUUGACAUUGAUGAUGAUGAUGAGUGGGUCUACAGAUAUUAAUAUGGCUAAUGCCUCUGUUUCAUUAGUGCCCCACAGCCCAAAUGGGGUACUUGAAGCUGCUUCCUUGAACUUUAGAAGUGAUGAAGGAACAGUUGGGUCAUGUCCAAGUUCUUCAAAUAAUACUCCAGAUGAUGCUAAUAGGAUAAAAUUGGACACAGAAACUUCUCCUUUUGGCAACAACUCUCAAAAGUGAAAGAAAAAAAAGUCAUGAAAUGUGAAUUUUGGCUUCACAUCCAAGUCCCUUCAGUCCAAUCAGUUUGGUUGAAUGGAAGCUUUGGUGUGUGGGGUCUUAUAAAAAAACCCAAAAAAAAAAAGAAAAAGAUUUCCAUAC